AUGCUAAGAGCGAGCACUAGGUAUUUUGGUGAUCCUUUAAGACUUGUAACAAAAAGAUGGGCGAGCUCCAGGGUAAUUGGAAUUGACCUGGGAACAACUAAUAGCGCCGUUGCGUACAUCAGAGAUCCAUCUGAAUUGAACUCUGUGUCCAUUAUUGAGAAUGACGAAGGAAAGCGUACAACUCCCUCGGUAGUAGGGUUUGAUGUUAAAAAUGGCAAUUAUUUAGUAGGAGAAGCUGCAAAGCGGCAAGCGCUUGUGAACCCAGAAAAUACCUUCUAUGCCACUAAGAGACUCAUUGGACGCCAGUUUGCGGAUGAAGAGAUCCAGAAGGACUUAAGUCAUAUGCCAUUCGGAAUCGUGGAAAACUCUGUCAACAAGCAGGCGUACCUCGCCACUUCGUCAGGUGAGGUCAAAUCCCCAAGUGAGAUUGGUUCUGCUAUUUUAACCUACUUAAAGAAGACCGCGGAAAAUUAUUUGACGGAGGAGAUCAACAAAGCUGUAAUCACCGUCCCUGCCUACUUUAAUGACUCGCAAAGACAGGCAACCAAAGAUGCUGGUACAAUGGCAGGCCUCAAAGUCCUCAGGGUUGUGAACGAGCCAACUGCAGCGGCCUUGAGCUUUGGGUUGAACACAAAUGACUACUCUGGCAUAAUUGCUGUGUAUGAUCUCGGUGGUGGCACUUUUGAUAUCUCUAUUUUGGACAUCGAAGGUGGUAUCUUUGAAGUGCGGGCCACAAACGGAGACACCCAUUUGGGGGGUGAAGAUUUUGACAAUUUGCUCGUCAAAUUUGUUGUGGACGAAUUUACCAAGGUGAAUACGGAAGUCGAUAAAGCGGCAAUGAUGAAAAAUCAAGAGGUAAUGCAGCGAAUCAGAAUAGCUUGUGAACAAGCCAAAAUUGAUUUAUCGCAUGUCAAGGAAACUAGUAUUGACAUCCCAUUUAUUUAUGAAAACAAGCACAUCAAAUUACCUCUCACCGAAAGUCAGUUGGACGACCUUUCCAUGCAUCUGAUACGAAACACGAUCCCACCUAUUAAAAGAGCUCUUAAAGAUGCCGAUUUGACGGCGGAUGAGGUGGAUGAAGUCAUUCUGGUCGGAGGCAUGACCAGAAUGCCGAAAAUCAGAUCAGUUGUCGCUGAAACUUUUGGGCAGAAGCCAAACACUAGUGUUAAUCCUGAUGAAACGGUCGCAUUGGGUGCUGCUAUUCAAGGCGGUGUUUUGUCCGGUGAAAUAAGAAAUGUCCUGCUGUUAGACGUCACUCCCUUGACCUUAGGUAUUGAGACUUAUGGAGGCGUCUUCACACCAUUAAUUCCACGUAAUACCACAGUUCCGGUAAAGAAGACCGAAGUUUUCAGUACAGGAGUGGAUGGCCAGACUGGCGUUGACAUCAGAGUAUAUCAGGGUGAAAGAGGAUUGGUCAAAGAUAACAAAAAUAUUGGUGACUUCAAACUAGCUGGAAUUCAGCCAAUGCCCAAAGGUGUCCCCCAAAUUGGGGUUACUUUUGAUAUAGACGCGGAUGGUAUUAUCAAUGUGUCGGCUGCGGAAACCAGUACCGGUAAGGAAAACUCUAUCACUGUCAUUGCCAAUUCCGGUCUUACCGAAGAGGAAAUCAACAGAAUGGUGAAUGAGGCGAAUGCAAACAAGGAAACUGACAACCUUAUACGGCAAAGAGUUGAGCUCAUUACCAAGGCAGACAUUAUGAUCUCGGAUACCGAAAAUGCUUUUUCAAGGUUUAAAGACACCAUUGUGAAGAGCCAGUUGUAUCCCGAAGUUUUGUCAGAAUUACAAGAAACGCGCGCAAAGAUCACAACCUUUAAGGCCAAUGAAUCGAAUUUGGCUUAUGACGUAAAUGAAAUAAAGAGAGCAACAGAUCAAGUGCAGAAGAGAGCCAUGCAACUUUUCCAGGACGCCUCAAAGAAAUGA